AUGGAACCCCCUCCAACACCCCGCCCUCCAGCACCGAAGGUGCCCUCGACCGUCAGUCAAUGGAGAGCCAGCGCGCGCGAUUGCCACGUCCUGACCAAAAAUCCAAGCAAGCUCGAGUGUCUGCACCCAGGUUCAAAGGUCACGUUCAAGGAAUAUCUCAGCAUGAGGAUUAUUCGGAGGGUCUCCAAUAUCACCGAGUUCCCCGACCGAGAAACUGAAGGCAGAGCCAAGGAGAUGGUCAAGGGGGACGAAGCAAUACAGACGUGGCUCUCAUAUAUCGAAACGGACCAGUACCCAACCGACCGAAAGCUUGGCAUGUUCGCCCUAGUGAGACAGGGUCAGCUUGCGAUAGUAGCUUCGGAUUCCCAGGAACCUUCCCAGACAGUUGAACUUCGGCGUCGAGAUCGACCUCAAGCUCCUGAACUAUCAGCAGAUACCGCGGGACGCAGUCCUAGUGCUGCCGCUUCAACUGCGCCAACUGAACCGUCUACUGCCGCUUCAAGUGUGCCAACGGAACUGUCUACUGCAGCCUCGAGGAAGUGGGUCAAGUACGCCAGAGCGGAUGGAGAACCGCAGGUGAACCAAUUCGUGAUCAACCUUCUCAACGCUUUGACACUCAGCGUAGGCCAGGGCGUGAACUGCCAAUGGUCCCCUAAUGGUAAUCUGUUCGGUAGCGUGUCUUUUGGAGAAGUCCAAUUAACCGCAUAUGUCGACGGAUACCUUAUGGGAGUCAAGAAAAGCGAUAUUUUUGCUAUUGUGGAGGUAAAGGCAGGAAUCCGGGACCCCGAGCAAUAUCCGUUGGUCGAGUGGCAAGAAGGCGCAGAAAUGGUCAGCUGGAUCAUGAAUGAUGAGGAGAAUCUGCGACGUCAUCCAUUCGAAACGCGCCUCUUGAUCUCUUUGAAUCGACAUGAGAUGUAUUUGACACUCGCCCGCUACCACGAGGACUACGUAAAGUUCCUAAAGGGAGAAUUUCAAGGGUUGAAGAGCUACCCCGAGAAUAGAUUCCUCCACUUGCACGAGUACGGCCCAUGGGAUAUCGGCAAGAAAUCUCACAUGAGGGACCUGGCCGAAAUCAUCGUAGGUUUCUCUCUCCGUGUCAAAGAUGAACAGGCUAGAUCGGCUGUGCCAUCAGGGAGUGGUCCUGACGGGGCGUGA